AAGGGGAUUCUAUCGCUCUGGGUGGAGCUCUGAGAGGCACAGUGGAAGGGGAUGCUAGGGCUCGGCAGCCUCGGAGCCUGGCUGUGUCCCGAGGCACCCGCUGGAUGCUCCACUGAACUUCACUCUUCAGAGAACAAGACCCCAGCCUGUGGCUCUCAGUGCCUUUGCCAUCUCUACAGGAAGCAAGAUGGAGACCUGGACCCCGGGCUGCUUCUCACAGGGCCUCCUGUUCGCAGCCUUGUUCCUGGCCCUUCAGCUGCUCCAAGGUUCCCAGGCAGCCCCACACAUUAAGAUGAUUCCAGAGCAGGCUCAAAAGAACCAGGACCUUCAUGGUGUCCCCAGCACUGCCCAGGACUUCAUCAAGUACCUGGGGGAGGAGGCCUCUGGAGGCACAAAGCAGUUGCCUUACAUCCCUGGACUAUCAUGGCCCCAGAAGGAUGGCAGUGUCAUGGGACAGCGAGACAUUUCUGGUUUCCCCAAUGGUUCCAUGCUGCUUCGAAGUACCCAACCUUCACACAGCAGCACCUACCGGGUGGCUGCUACCAUGAACCCUGCCUGGACAACGAAGGCCGAGAUUGACAUCAAGGUGGUUGAUGUAAAAGAGAUCUCCUCACCCGUCCCUACCGAUGCUGGGAUCACGGCAGCCAUCAUCGUUGGGAGUCUUGCUGUCGGCUCACUAUUUGUAUGUGGCAUUGCCUAUGUCCUGGUCACUCGAAGCCGGAAGGUCCGGAGCCUCAGGGAUCCAGCUACAGAGAAGCCAGACGUGAACAUGAGUCCUGAAUCUGGUGACAGCAACAUCUAUGACUAUGUGGUGCCACCUCCAGUCUUCCUGGUGUCUCCUGUCAGUGACAUGGAGCCAGGAAGACCACCCAUGAGCCUGCCUCCACCACCUCUGCCAGCACCUCGGGAGCCACAGCCAGAGAACCAGCACUAUCAGGAACUACUAAACCCCGACCCAGCCCCAUACUGCCAGCUGGUGCCAACUUCCUGAUGGGCCCCUGGCCCAGCCUGCACAGAAGACAGAAUUUCAACUUCCAGACCCCACCCCCUUCAGGGCCUCACACCUAUAGAAAGGACACACAUGACACCCACAGAACAAUGAUUUAGAGAAACUGGCAAGAUGGGCUCUGCCAUAGACCCAGCAUGACAUGGGGCCAGUGUCCUGCAGGACAGGAGACUGACAGCCCCAGAUCCCCAAUGUCCCAACAACCUUCAGUCUGUGCCACCUGCCUCUAAGAAAGCAGGCUCCUGCCCCACCCAAGACCAGGGGCCCCAUCCAGGUAUUUGAGGGAUGGGAAGAAGGCCUUGGGUCUACCUCAAAGGUACCCCAUCAUAAAAUGCCAUCCUGCCUUAACCAC